AUGCCCGCAGCAUCCAUGAUAAUUUUGGUUAUUGGUUCCACGACCUUUUUGCGGACAGUGGAGAAUGCCUUUGUCGUCAAUUUAGCAUUCGCGGACUUCCUUAUUUCAUUCGUUACUCAACCAUCAUCUCUUGUCGCUAUUGCUCAACUGUGCUCGGCCAGCUGUCUUGCCACCAACUGGAACACCUUGUUGAUCGCCGUCAACCGGUACAUCCUGAUCUGUCAUCCGCGAUUAUAUCCCCUCGUGUACAAGCGCUUUAACGUGUUUGUCAUGUGCCUGACCAUCUGGGGCUUCAUGUUUCUCAUCGGACUGCCCAAUCAUGUCGGUUGGGGCUCGUUCGGCUUCUCUGACACGCUGUUCGUGUGCACCUUUGCCGCGGAUAACUAUCCCUACACCAUGUUUGUCAUGGCGUCCAGCCUCUUCCUCCCGGCCAGCGUGACCUUUAGCUCUUAUUACGGGAUCUAUCGGCGCGUGCGCGACAGCCGGGACCGCGUCCUGACCGGGCAGCCGGGUGUGUCGUUUCGCAAGAAUAUCAAGACGGCCAAAUCGCUGUUUAAAGCGUAUGUGGUGUAUCUGUUUUUGGUGCUGCCCUUUGGAAUUGUCAUGGUACUGGGGAUGGGACCGCGACUGCCGCAUAUUUGGUACAUGUUGAGUUUGCUGCUGUUUCACGGUGUGGGCACAGCUAAUUGUUUCGUGUAUGCGGCGCGACUGGGCAAGUUUUGGGACGGACUGCGGUUGAUGUUUCAAUUGCCGAGAAAGGACAAUGGCGUUAUGCCCAGCGGGCAGAUGUCCACGUCGUCGCAAAGGUCACAGAAAACGUCCGGCCGAUCUAUUCCCUGA